AUCCUCAUUCGAGCCCGCUCGUCUGUGUUAUUCUUCUUACUCAGAUGACCAUGUCUCUGGGCCUCUUCGAGCUCUGCGAGCGGUCAAAAUGUUGUCGCUUCUGCUCGUCUUUGUCGUCGCGGCGUUGAUUGUUGGCUCCUUCGGCGCUGAUCAGGACAUCAUUACCAUCCUCAACCAACAAUCGGGGAUUUCGACUUUCAUAGGCCUCCUCCAGGGUUAUCCAAAACUGAUUGAUACGUUAAAUGCAGGGACAUUCAGCGUUCUGGUACCAAACGACGAAGCGAUAGCAACAUUCUCGGACGCAAAUCCGGAUCUCGUCAAGCAAGAAGAUGUUUUGCUCGCAUUGUUGCAAUAUCAUUGCGUCAAUGGCACUCAUCCUUCGGCUGGGUUCGGACUAGAACCUACAUUCGCGCCAACUCUGCUCAGCAAUUCAAGUUAUGCCAACGUGACAGGGGGACAAGUGGUGGAUAUAACGUCGCAAAAUGGGAAGCCAACCAUUCUGUCGGGCGUCAAGGCUGCGUCAGAGGUGGUCGAGGCUGAUAUAUUUUACAUUGGUGGACUCAUCCACAUCAUCGACUCGGUCCUGACUAUUCCCAUUUCUCUACCCGCCACGAUAACGAAGGCCGGGCUGACUGAUCUCAUUGCCCUCUUGAACAAGGGAGGAUACUUGACCCCCAACUCACCAGCUGUCACUAUUGUAAAUACCCUUUCUGACCUGACAGUAUGGGGUCCGAAUGAUCCACGAUUUGGCGCCUCGUUCACCGGCUGGGAUGGUCUAUCUGAUUCCGACAAACUUUCCAUUUUCGAAUAUAGCAUUACUCAGGGACAGGUCAUCUAUUCAUCGGAUUUCAAGAACAACUCUCGCUUCCAAACCUUGGACAAACUAUCCCUGACGAUGACGAACAUAAGUGGAGGUUAUUUUGUCGACACCUCCGAGAUCACAACGACCGACUACCUCGUUUCGAACGGCGUUUUACAGAUUCUCGACAGUCCAUUGAACCCCAACACCACCGGACAGCGACCGGCGUCUCUACCGUCCGUUUCGAGUGGUGGGUCAAAGGGCCUGAGUGCCGCUGCGGGCGCAGGUAUCGGCAUUGCCAUCGGAGCCGUCGUCCUCGGUGGUACCCUGGUGAUAGCGCUCUAUAUCCGCACCAAACGUCGUCGACAAGGUCAGAUGGGCGGUCGCAGCAGACUUGACGGCGAGUCCCGGGAACGCGUCGUAUACCACGCCCAGUCUGGUGAUCCGAGAGAACCUCCACCCACGUACGAGUUGGACACGAAGUCAAUAACAGGAGGGACCGAGAGAGGUUUCGGUCCCGGCGGAGGUGGAGGCGGUACCACGACACACAUCUUUGAAGUUCACCAUCCACCCAAGCCGCCCUCGCCUCUGGAGAUUGACGGAACGGAGAGAAGCCGGAUCAGUAUAACUAUACAAGGCAGUCCUCCGAGGCACUUGGGCUUUCAAGCGAGAUAUUGA